AUACCCUUAUAUCCUUUAUAUAUUCAGCACACACACACAUAUACCUCCUCAUAGUCUCUCUCUCGAUUAGGUUUUCUUCUACACUUCGUCUUCUUCUUUCGCUCUUCGUUAAUCUCCGUCUCUUCGUUCGAUUUCACAAUGGUUGACGCUAAGCAGAUUCGUACCAUCAUCGGAGUUAUCGGGAAUGUUGUUUCCUUUGGUCUCUUCUUCUCCCCAAUGCCAACGUUUUGGAGGAUCUACAAGAAGAAAUCCGUUGAGGAGUUUCAGCCAUAUCCUUAUGUAGCAACGAUGAUGAACUGUAUGCUUUGGGUUUUCUAUGGACUCCCUGUUGUUCACAAGGAUAGUAUCCUUGUUACCACCAUUAACGGAGUCGGUAUGGGGUUCGAAGCUUUCUACAUAACUGUCUUCUUGAUCUACUGUGGCAGCGUGAAGAACUUCCGCAGGAAUAUUACUUUAUGUCUCGUUGCUGAGGUUAUUGCUGUGGCGGGGAUUGUUUUGAUUACGCUCUUUGCAAUUAAAGACGCUGCGAUUAAACAAACAUUCGUUGGUGUUAUCUGUGAUGUCUUCAACAUUGCUAUGUAUGGAGCUCCUUCACUUGUCAUCAAAAAAGUUGUGCAGACGAGAAGCGUUGAGUACAUGCCGUUUUGGUUAUCUUUCGUUAGCUUCGUCAACGCUUGUAUUUGGACAUCUUACUCUUUGAUCUACAAACUCGAUCUCUACGUCCUUAUAAGCAAUGGUCUUGGAACGUUGUUGUGUGCAUCUCAGCUAAUAGUCUAUGGUCUCUACUUCAAAGCUACUCCAAAGGACAAAACCGAGAAGCCAUCGGAAAUUGAGAUUCCGGCGUCGGGGAGAGUUUAAAGUUUGGGUGUUUUUGGAACUUCACAAACGUACAUAUACAUGCACAUUUGUGUGUAUGUGUAGGCUUUUUUAAUCCUUUCGGCUUUUUUUUUUUUGGUUUGGUAUACUUUUUUUUAAUAAAGACUUCCACAAUGUUUUUUUUUUCCUAGUUUCUGGAAAUUUUAGGAGAUAUGGAUUGGUUUGUCAGGAAUUAUUUUUCCCCAUUCUUUUUGGUGUGAAACGAUUUUUGACGGAAUAUUGUAGUUCUGCUGCUUACAUUUUCGGCUUUUGUUAUGUUUAUAUUCUUUUCAGUUU